AUGGAUGAUGCCAACAGCAACAACAACAUAUCUUCCGACCAAGUCAUUGCAGAAAUGGUCGAAAGGGGUUUCGAGUAUUCCAAUAUUCUGGAAGCCAUAAAAGUAAAGGGUCCAUCUAUUACCAGCGCUGAGGAGCAUAUCUUGAAUAGAACUAGCUCUGAAGCAGAAACAUCCACUACCCACAUUUCCAAAAUUCUUGCACAUAAUGGGAAGCCUCUCAAAAAACGAGCUUUGCCCUUGUCCCGUCAAGUUCGAAAAUCGAAGAGACUCAAGCAUUUCCAAUCCACUGAUAAAAUCACAAUGAACAAAGAUUUGGAUAUUGAAUCUGAUUGGGAGCAAAGAGCUAGCAACCUCUUGCAAAAGCAUUUUGGUUUUUCAUCCUUGAAAAAUUUCCAGAAGGAAGCUCUUGCUGCUUGGGUUGCUCAUAGAGACUGUCUUGUUCUGGCUGCAACAGGAUCUGGGAAAUCUCUGUGCUUUCAGAUUCCUGCUUUAUUAACUGGGAAAGUGGUGGUAGUGAUUUCUCCCUUAAUAAGCCUGAUGAAUGACCAAUGCUUAAAGCUAGCAAGACAUGGAGUCAGUGCUUGCUUUCUUGGGUCUGGGCAACUUGACGAUACUGUUGAACUGAAAGCAAUGAGAGGCAUGUAUAGUGUAAUAUAUGUUUGCCCAGAGACAGUCCUAAGAUUGAUUGAACCACUGCAGAAGCUUGCAGAAAGUCGUGGCAUUGCUUUAUUCGCAAUUGAUGAGGCACAUUGUGUUUCCAAAUGGGGUCAUGAUUUCCGUCCAAACUACAGCCGACUGUCUGUCCUGAGGGAAAAUUUCAGUACUAGCAAGCUAAAAUCCCUGAAAUUUGAUAUACCUCUGAUGGCCUUGACAGCUACAGCUACAAACACAGUUCGAGAAGACAUUUUAAAAUCACUAUGCAUGUCAAAAGAAACAAAUGUUGUUCUUACAUCAUUUUUUCGAUCUAAUUUACGCUUCAUGGUAAAGCAUAGUGGAACAUCACCGGCUUCUUAUGAGAAAGAUUUUCAUGAAUUGAUUAAAGUAUACGGUAGAAAGAAAAAUAUUGAUGGAAAUGAUUUUAUAAAUGCAGUUGCCUGUGAUGAAUUUUGUGUACAACCUCCUGCCCAGGAAUGGGUAUUAUCCGAGACAAUUGAUCUACCUAAGAAACCAGAAGGGACACUCAAAAUGCUUAAAGAGCCUUUGGAACAAGGACCAACAAUUAUAUAUGUACCCACCAGAAACGAAACGCUGAUAAUUGCAAAGUAUCUAAGCAAGUUUGGUGUAAAGGCUGCUGCUUAUAAUGCAGGGCUGCCCCAAUUGGAUCUAAGAAGAAUUCAUAAAGAGUUUCAUGAAAAUACUUUAGAGGUAGUUGUUGCAACAAUAGCAUUUGGAAUGGGAAUUGACAAAUCGAAUGUCAGAAGAAUCAUUCACUAUGGUUGGCCACAGAGUUUGGAAGCCUACUACCAAGAAGCUGGUCGGGCUGGUCGAGAUGGGAAACUAGCAGAUUGCAUUCUGUAUGCAAACCUAGCGAGCAUACCAUUUCUUUUGCCAAGUCGUAGAAGUGAAGAUCAGACAAAACAAGCAUAUAUCAUGUUGUCUGAUUGUUUCAGAUAUGGAAUGAAUACUUCAUGUUGUCGAGCAAAGACCCUUGUGGAGUACUUUGGAGAGGAUUUCAGUAAUCAGAAAUGUCUCUUAUGUGAUGUGUGCAUUAAUGGACCACCUGAAAGGCAGAAUCUGAAAGAGGAGGCCUGUAAUUUACUGCAAACUAUAGGUGCCCAUAAUGCAUGUAGGUUUUCCAUGGAUUGCUCAUCUGUUGAUGAUAUACAUUUCAACUCCAAAGAUGGAAGACUAAGAGAAAGGCCAGGUCUUAAGAUGUUAGUUGGAAAGAUACGGGAUCAGUUUGAAAAGUUUUUAACCACUGAUAUAUUAUGGUGGAGAGGUCUUGCUCGAAUUUUGGAAGUUAAAGGAUACAUCAGGGAGGGAGAUGACAAGACCCAUGUUCAGAUAAAAUACCCGGAGCCAACAGAAUUGGGAUUGAAAUUUGUGAAGUCCAUGAGGGAGCAAGCUUUCUAUGUUUACCCUGAGGCAGAUAUGUUGCUUGCAAGUAAAACUAGCAAAUCUAUGUUCUCAGAAUGGGGAGAUGGUUUGGCUGAUCCUGAGAUCCGUCGCCAGCGCCCGGAAAGAAUGCAAGUCAAUAGAAAGCCAAGGAUGCUGCAAAGCCCCAAAAAGCAACAAAAGAGAAAAGCUAAGAAAGUGCAACCUGAUUUGACGACUCCUCGAGGUAGAUUGGCUGCAAAACUCUCAAAAUAUAAGUGAUAUGUAAAGGUCAUCUUAUCUAGUUAUUAAAAGAUGCGAUUUACUCAUUGGCACCUAGAAGUGAAUUCAUCCAUCAUCAUCCAUGAAGAUGUGCAGUUAGAUGAGCAUUUAUCUUUUGCAGGGCAACCAGUUGACAUAGUAGAUAGACAAGUAAAGCG